AUGAUGAUCUGGGUGCUUUGCUUCCUUGCCAGCUCAGUGCUUAUGGUUCUCUCCACUCGCGGUUCCGCUUUUGAGAUCAUCUCUGAAGAGAUCUCGUUCGUGAAGGAAGUGCCUCCACCCUAUGGCCCACAAGAGCAACCGGUAGUUGAUGCGACCAUGCGCGAGAUCAACCAGAUGUUUGCUUACCGCUUGCCACAAACAGCAUUGUUCUAUUCGUUGGCUGGUGCUUCCCUGGGGCUGUUCACCGUUUCCUACUUCACCUCCUUCAUGCUGCUGGAGGAUCAAGGCCCCAAGAGGGUGGUGGACAUCGGCUUCCUGAUCUCAAAGGGCGUCAAUGUUUACAUGGGCCGCACGAUACCAAUCAUCCUCGCCUUGCUGUUUUUGGGCGGCUGGUAUGUUAUGGGGACAGCGGGACCCAGAGCCGUUGCUUGUUUCGCUGUUGGCGCGGCGCUGAACUUGCUAAGCGUCAGGGUUGGCGUCAGCGUCACAGUGCAGGGGCAAACGCGCCUCGCACACGCCCUGGGCCUGGAGUUGUUCGAUGCCCUUCAAAUUGGGAUCAGGCGCCUCAGUUUCGCAGCCGCAGCCGAAGAUUUGCAUCCAACACUUGUCGCAAGACUCAACAUUUCACAUGAAAAGCAAGAGCUGCAGAAAAAUGCUCCUGUGGGUGCGGGUUGCCUUUCUACCAUGCGUUGUUAG